GCACCUGGUGGGCGGGGCCUCGCGUUGCACCUCCUCCUCCUGGGCGCCUGGGCGGGUGGCUCGCAUCAGCCGCGAUAUGGCUGCGCUGGUGGAGCCGCUGGGGCUGGAACGGGACGUGUCCCGGGCUGUGGAGCUACUGGAGCGGCUGCAGCGCAGCGGAGAACUGCCCCCGCAGAAGCUGCAGGCCCUGCAGCGGGUCCUGCAGAGCCGCUUCUGUUCCGCCAUCCGCGAGGUGUACGAGCAGCUCUAUGACACCUUGGACAUCACUGGCAGCGCCGAGGUGCGGGCUCACGCCACAGCCAAGGCCACAGUGGCUGCCUUCACAGCCAGUGAGGGCCAUGCACAUCCCAGGGUCGUGGAACUACCGAAGACUGACGAGGGUUUGGGCUUCAACAUCAUGGGCGGCAAAGAGCAGAACUCACCCAUCUAUAUCUCUCGGGUCAUCCCCGGAGGCGUGGCUGACCGCCAUGGCGGCCUCAAGAGGGGAGACCAGCUGCUGUCUGUGAACGGUGUGAGUGUGGAAGGCGAACACCACGAAAAGGCUGUGGAACUCCUGAAGGCCGCCCAAGGCUCAGUGAAACUGGUGGUGCGCUACACCCCUCGGGUGCUGGAGGAGAUGGAAGCCCGCUUCGAGAAGAUGCGAUCCGCACGGCGGCGCCAGCAGCACCACAGCUACUCGUCCUUGGAGUCUCGAGGCUGAAAUCACAGAGCAGGACCUUCCUCCUCCUCCCCUGUACAGUAGUAUUUAUUGUCGCUGACUCCUUAUUUAAAGAUCUUUAACCCUCA